UAUAAAAUUCCCAAGGGCACUAUGGUUUUGGUCAAUAUCCAGUCUGCCCAUCAUGAUGAAUCCCAGUGGAAGUUCCCCAAUGAGUUCAACCCCUCCAACUUCCUGAAUGAAGAGGGAGAGUUUGUGAAGCCGGAAGCCUUUUUGGCAUUUUCAGCAGGGCCGAGAGUCUGCUUAGGGGAAAACCUGGCUCGGAUGGAGCUCUUCCUAUUCUUCACCAGCAUUCUCAGGAACUUCCAGUUAUUGUGGCCAGAUAAAUCCCAAGCUCCAGAUUUCACACCACACUUUGGGGUUACGCAAUCUUCAUCUCGCUUUAAGGUGUUGCUGAAAUAUCGCCAGCCAAGUGGGUAGAUCGAAGGGAGAAUCUGCAAGGCAACUGAU